UUUGGGACACUACUCAGGAUUCCUUGAGUUGUGUGAUCAUAAGCGUUUUCAUCCAUUUAACCCAUUCAGCAGAAAGAUCACACAAAGUUGUGUGUGCUGGAUGUUGUUGCAUCACCUGACAUUCGCUCUGUUGCGACCAUCUAGACUGCCACUAUCACAUCAGGUUGGUUCUGUGAAUAUGGAUAAAGUUGUUUCCGCCCGGUCUCGAACCGGGGACCUUUCGCGUGUUAGGCGAACGUGAUAACCACUACACUACGGAAACUGUUAUCGGGCAAGGUGGCAUCUUUCCUCUGAUGCACAGUAAGGGCAUUCUGCCAUUCGCUCUUUGCUGCUGGAGUCAUGCCUCCCUCUGCAGUGUGAAGACAUACCUUUGUCAUCCUAGGCUUGUGCAUCAGAAGUGCAAAUGUGGUGGAGAAAAUCCGGGAGAAACCGUCAUUUUCUUCUACUGCUUCCUCGGUAACCUGUGCAGCACUGUUGGAGCCAUUCUGUCUAGACAGCUUUAUAUUCAGAUUUUAAUGGGUGCUCUUGCUGCUACAGUGGAUGCUGUCAAUGUUGUGUCUUGCUAUUUCACAGUGUUCUUCUGCUGGAAUUCAAAGAGAGGAAGGAGGCUGAGGAUGAUGCAGAGACGGAGGAGACAGCACCUCCUUGCGGUGUGCAUAUUGAUGGUGGUUGCAGGAGGCUUUCUGAAGUCCAGGGUUAGCCACCACACGGCAGAUAGGACUCUCAGUGGGAGGAAACUUCUGAAUGUCCCCCUUCAAGACAACAGUGAAAUCCUUGGUUACAUACUGGGCUUGAUCUCUUUUGUCAUUGCCUGUACCUCCAGAUUCCCUGCAGUCUGCAGAGCCUACAGAGGACAAAUGUUGACCCAGGCCUACAUGUUCUCAGGACUGCUGUGCUCGCUGGCUGGUGCCCUCUACACUGCUGCCAUACUCCUCUACGACACUCAGCCUGAGUUUCUUCUGAGAGUCAUGCCAUGGCUGCUGUCAGCAAUAUGCUGUGUUAUUCUGGAUCUUCUUGUAUCCUUGAACAGCACAAUUCUAGUCCUCCACUGGAGCAAGAGAGGAACCAGGCAGCACCUUAUGAGGUUUUCUCCAGACACAGAGAGCCUAUUGGGUGGCUCAGGCAUUCUCACUGAGGAGAAAGGUGUUGUGAAGAAACACAGAAAACAAAAAGUUAAGUCAGCAGAAACAAAAAAGAUGACUGAAAUGGGCCAUUACAUGGAUGUCAAUACUCACCCUGCAAGAAAAAUAUGUCUAAAAGAGGUGACAUUGUCCAAGGAGGAGGCGGAGGACCAGCCUCUCAACAGGACAGUGCGAGUGAUCAGAGUAGAUAGUUUCUGUUUUUCAGAUACAUCCUGUGACUCGUCACUAGUCAGUUCUGAUCUGGAGUGGGAUUUUGAAGAGGCAAAUGGCCAGUGGAGAGAACCAACAACAAAACAACAGCAAGGGGAUGAGUUCCCCCUCCAAGAGUGGCCAGCAAACCCCAGACCCUUUAACAUCUGUACCUGUGCCAUGUCUGGACUCUCACAGAAAACUGUCUGGUGAAGAAGAGGGGAAGUAUGUCUCUGCUGUAAGUCUGGCUAAAUGACAAAGAACUGUCAUUUUCAGUUAGUAAUGUGUUAGAUAUAUUGUACACACCUGGUGCUUUAAUUUGAGAUGUAAUAAAAUCUGCAAACAUUGACCUUUUGUCCAUCUCAUUUUAGUGCAUCACUUAACAGUCUAGCUAAUGUGUGUGUGUGCACUAAACUGUAACAUUAACUGAUCAAUGUUGGUAAAUUGAUUGUGAAAAGUUUUGGCUGAUAACAGUGACUGUUUUAUUCUUAUUUUAUUAUUGUCUCUAACUUGUGGCUGUUCGUUACUGCAUAGCAACAAAUACCUUUGCUGUAAAAACUCUGUCCUGACUGCGUUCAUCGAGCCCUUUGAGAACUGAUAUCUGUUAGGAAGGUUUACGGAAAAGACCUCCCCUAAUAAAACAAU